CACGGAGGCGGGGAGGGUCCGAGUCAAAUCGGACACUGAUGCUCCUCCUCCUCCUCCCCUUCCCGUCCUCUUCCCCGAGUGCCUGCGGCUCUGAGAGCGGUCGCUGCUGCUCGCAGUGAGUCUGUCCUGCGCCUCAGGACGUAGCCCACCGUGCCUCUGAGGCGUGUGAUUGUCCCGGCUCGGGCUGGCCGCCGCAGCAAUGCUGGGCGCUGUGCUGCGAAGAGGGAGUUGCUCCUGUGUCAGGCGCAGGAGGCGUCUGUGCCCCACUCUCCCUAGCAGCAGUGGCUGCCCUGCCUCGCCCCUCUGCCCCAGCCCUCUGAGAAUCCUCUCCUCACCUAGCAGCAGCAGAGGGGUGCAGGGAAGCUCUCUCCAGCCAGGUGCUAAUAAGGUGAAGCCGCUAGAAGGUGUGAAAAUUCUUGAUCUAACAAGGGUACUUGCAGGACCCUUUGCAACAAUGAAUUUAGGAGACCUAGGAGCAGAAGUUAUUAAAGUGGAAAGACCAGGAGUUGGUGAUGACACAAGAGCCUGGGGACCACCUUUUGUUGGAACAGAAAGCAUUUAUUUUCUCAGUGUAAAUCGAAAUAAAAAGAGUAUAGCUGUCAAUAUGAAAAAUCCAAAAGGAGCAAAGAUAAUCAGAGAGCUUGCAGCUGUGUCUGAUGUUUUUGUGGAAAAUUAUGUCCCUGGGAAACUGGCUGAAAUGGGCCUGGGGUACGAAGACAUUAACAAGAUUGCUCCUCACGUUGUGUACUGUUCAAUAACAGGUUAUGGUCAGACUGGUCCAGUGUUUCAGCGAGCAGGUUAUGACUCUGUUGCAGCGGCUGUUUCUGGUCUUAUGCAUAUCACAGGACCGGAGGAUGGUGAUCCAGUUAGGCCAGGAGUAGCCAUGACAGACCUUGCUACAGGGCUGUACACGUAUGGAGCAAUCAUGGCCGGCCUGCUUCAAAGAUAUAAAACUGGGAAGGGACUUCACAUUGACUGCAAUCUAUUGUCAUCUCAGGUUGCAUGUCUUACCCAUAUAGCAGCUAAUUACCUUAAUUGCAAAAUGGAAGCAAAGCGGUGGGGUACUGCUCAUGGCAGUAUUGUUCCUUAUCAGGCUUUCAAAACUAAGGAUGGCUACCUGGUGGUGGGAGCUGGGAAUGAUCAGCAAUUUGUCACCGUGUGCAAGAUCCUGAAUUUGCUUGAAGUUAGUAAAGAUUCCAGAUAUAAAACUAACAAACUCCGAGUGCAGAACAGAAAAGAGCUUAUUGAAAUAUUAUCAGCCCGGUUUUCAGAAAAAAUGACCACCAAAUGGCUUGAACUCUUUGAAGGUAGUGGUGUUCCAUAUGGUCCAAUCAACAGUAUGCAGCAAGUAUUCUCGGAUCCUCAGAAUUGCUGUGGAUCUGGCAGAUCACUUUGGGAUCAGGAAGGCAUUUUUCUUCUGAUCAAGACUGACAAGGUGUCCAGUGGUUUUUCACCUUCUUCACAGCAGCCUGGAGGCCUGGUGCUGCACAAUGGACUUAUCAUGGAAAUGGAUCAUCCAACAGUAGGGAAGAUAGCUGUUCCAGGCCCAGCUGUCAGAUACAGUGAAUUCAGUGCAUCAAAGCCCAAGCCUCCACCUCUUGUUGGACAGCACACUGUGGAGGUACUGAAGGGUGCACUGGGGUAUGAGGACAAAGCCAUCGAGGAACUUCUCGGGACUGGCGCAGUUGUUCAGCAUGAAGUCAAGUGAAGAGCUUUAACUCUAAUCUGUCAUGCUGAGUUUAUGUUGCUUGUUCUUCUCUUGGAUCCCUUCAUGUCUCCCAAGGAAAUUCAAAGGAGGAGACAUCAUUUAAUUCUUAAUUUUCUUCCUUGUGUUUGGAAUAGAUCUAACACUGACAUAUCAACUAAAGCAAUCUGGUAUUUACUGCAUGAAAGAAAUGUUUUUUGGGGGUAAAUGUUCCAAUUACAGAAUCCUAUGUGGCGAAUCAUUUCCUAUAUUUUUAUCUGGGGAAUGUAAUUCUUAUCUUAAUCAUGAUAAUUGCCCAAAUGUUUGUCCCCUGUGAAAAGAAGCAGAUCCUUGAAACACUUGCAUGCUGUGAUCUCCAUUUGCACAUAAGCUACUUUUUAAAACAGUUUAGCAUGAAAUCAAAGUUGUGAGCAAAUUGAUGGCCCCUGUGAUUGAUUUUAAACAGAAUUCUGAGUGCAUGAGCUCUUUGUUAAUCUCUAAUUUAAAACAUGGUUGAAGUGCCUAUUGUAAAACUGACUUCUAUUCCCAUGUUCAGUUGUGUAAAUAUUUGCUUUACAUUACAUAGUAUUGUUAUGGCAAUCCCGGAGUGUGUAGCAGAAAUAAACCUCAACUGUUGCAUUUUUCCAGUUACGUAAAAAGCAUUUUCCAAACCCAGUUGAGAGUCAAAACAUAAAUGAAUGGUACUGGUCUUUUGUGAUUUUAUUUGGUGAGGCUCUCUGUAUUUUUAAUUCGACAUGGAGCCAAACCAGAACCACAUAGCUGAACACCAUGUUUGGAGGAAGUUUGGGUAUGGCUCUGUGUGCUAGGGACUGCUCCACAUCUCUUUAAUGGCCAUGAGCUCAAUUCCAUUUUACUAGGAGGGAAACUUAGAUCUGAAUCCAAAUUUUUGGCUCAGGCCUAUGUCUAUAGUUAAAACAGAGCCAGAUUCUACCAGCCUUGGUCAAAUUCAGUGCAGUAAGGAGUAAGGUGUUACUAUUAUGAAUUAGGGUGAAAGAAUCUGGCCCAUAAUAAAUACCAAGCAAGAGAUUAAAUAAAAGCCACUUCUUCUAUACAAACCAAUUUGGCAGUUCUUCAGCCACAGAAGAAAUGCCAUGCCUCAGUAUCCAAGCAUAUAAUUUACAACUAAAGAAAACUCUGCAUGGGAAGGUUCUAAACUUUGUUGUGUGCAUCAGUGGAGUGAGGCAAUGCCAUUUUAUUCCUAGAACAAAAUAAAACUAACUGAAACUGACAUUCGGCAAAUAAUGUCCAUAUUUUUCCCGAUGUAUCGGAAACAGGCCUGGCAUUAUAACUAGCCUGUCACUUUGUUUCCACUUUAACAAACAACAUCCUCUGUAUUACAUUUGAACUUCACAACUGUAUAUUACCUUCUGGGAACAAAAAACGUUAUUACGUAACCAAGUUGAAAUGCACAUUGCUGUUGCUUGUUUUUGAAGCUCUGUGUUUUUGGUUCAUUUGCUUGCUUGUUUUGUGUGUUUUGUUGUGUUCUCUCUUUUCAGAUCUUCUCCUAAUCAUUUUUUUUUGUAUUGCAUUCCUGGCACCAGACCUAACAUUUUGCUCAUGUGUUAAAGGCAUAAGGAGAUUCUGGACUAGUGACUUCCUAAAUAAAUAUAGAAAUAAGUGUGCAUUGAGAGCCAAAUGAACAGGGAGACCAUAGGGAUAGAACUAGGAUCUGGGGAAAGGGUUGCUAGGCAUUACCCUGUAAUCCACCUUUAAUUCAAGAGGAUCAGCCAGUUUACUGAGAGAAACAAUGGUUUGAAGUGAGCUUCAGAUAAAAUGGAUGAUCUAGUACUAAACUGAGUUUUGUUUAUUGCUGCAAACUAUUUCACACUAUCAAAUCAUGUUUACAAAUAAAUGUGUUGUUUUCAC